GCUCAAGUCAUCUUUGGAUUCUCACAGUCAGCUUGUUUGGUUAAUCAAUUUGGCAAUUAUAUAUUCAGUCAUCUUCUCGACAAAUUAAAUCUAUGAUAUUUCUUCUCCCACAUUUUCAUAGAAUUAUUGUUUUAUCUCCUUGGUGGUUUUCUUUUAUUUUUCCAUUUCUGUGGGGAUAGUUAAUGGCUUUGGUAAUUAUUAGUUGAUCAAAUCCGCAAAUAUUCAGGUGGAUCAUUUCAGUCGUGCCUUGCAAUUGUUUCUUUUGCUCUUUAAAGUUUUUAGUCAGAAUUGUACAUAUCUUGUGAUUUAAUUUUGUACACGAAUUUCUCAUUUUUCGAUACCGAUGGUGUAAUGGCUUUGCUCUGAUUCUUGUAUCCUGAUGUUGAAACAAUCUUCCUCUUUCUUAUAACAGGUAAUUGGUUUUUGUAAUCCGUUCAUUUAGAGCUAAACACUAGUUUUUUAGAUCCAAAUGUGCCAUGUUCGCGGUAUCGAGUUGUGGAUACUACGUGAAACAUUUUCGAUGUGGGAUUUCAUACUAUGGUUCCUUAAUGGAUCAUUGCUUGUGAAUGUCUAUCUUGGAAAAUUAGUGAGAACAGCAGCUUCUCUUUAAUCGCAGCAUACUUUGUGAGUUUGCAGGUACAUCACCUUCCCUUGCUCAGAAGAUAGAUUUUAGUCCCAGAUAAUCGGAUGGAGAUAAUCGAUGGGAUGCAGGAACAUUUACGACCUGGAGACCAUAUCUCGAUCGAAAUCACUCACCCGAGCAGCUCUCUUGUGUCUUCAAUCAAAGAGAAGAUGGAGGAUUUCUCCUCUUCGAUAAGCAUCGCUCUAGUCCCCGAGAAUAUAGCCAAGGAGAACAGGAGGGCGUACAUCCCCGAAAAGCUCUCAAUCGGGCCAUUCCAUCGUGGGAACAGAGCCUUUAAGAACAUGGAGGGCCAGAAGUGGCGCUACGCAUUCGCUCUCCUGAACAGGAAACCGAACCUCGAACUGGAGUCGACCAUAGACAAGUGCAUGAAGGCAGUCCAUGAAUUAGAGCACCGGGCAAAGAGGUGCUACUCCGACAUCAAACUCCCAGGGAAUGAAUUCGAGGAAAUGUUGCUAGUCGAUGGUAGCUUCAUCAUAGAGCUCCUCAUCAAGUACUCCAACAAGAGCCUCCGGCGAAGAGGAGACCCGAUCUUCGGCACUCCUGGCAAGCUAUUCGACCUGAGGUGCGACAUGGUGCUGCUCGAGAAUCAGAUUCCAAUGUUUGUCCUCCAGAGGUUGUUCCAGGUCGUGCGGGCCCCGGAACAGUGCGAGCAGUCCUUAUCCGAUCUACUUUACCGGUUCUUUAGGAACAUGAUUCCGGGGGAGCCCCGGAAUCUCCGGGAGAAGUUCAACGACGAAGCUCAUCAUUUCCUUGACCUGAUUCAUAACUGCUUGAUCCCGACGGUGUCAUAUCCUAUAGGCACGAAACCACAGGAUGAAACUGAAACCAUUCCCUCUCCUGCGGGUAAGGGAAUAAAACCGGCGAGGGAGCUGAAAAGGGCCGGGGUCAAAUUCAAGUGCAGAGCUAACAAUGCGAGCUUAUUGGACAUAGAUUUCAAGAAUGGCAUGCUCCAAAUUCCUCCCCUGGUGUUAAAUCAAUCCACGGAACGGCUCUUCAAGAACCUCGUCGCGCUAGAGCAGACUCGGUGCGUUAACCUCCCCUGCGUCUCCUCUUAUGUCCGUUUGAUUCACUGCCUUAUAAGCUCGGAGAAGGACGAGAAACUCCUAGAGGAGGUCGGGAUCGUGACGAACCUCCUAGACAAAGAUGUACGAGUUUCCGGCUUGUUUAGGGAUAUUUGCGAGGGAGUAACUGUGGAGGAGGACUUCCAUUAUGAGGGGCUAUGUGAUCAAGUGGAAGAGUACUGUGAAGCCAAGAAGAGGAAGUGGAAGAAAUUGAAGAGGAAACGGAAGAACCGGAGCCCUGGCGCAGUUGCCAGUUUGGGUUCGGGUUCCAGUUCGGUUCUCGUGGUCGCGGUUCUGAUCCUGGUUUUCACAGCCCUUGGGGCUAUGUUUUCUGCACUUUCAUUCUUUCUGCAUCGUAACUAGCUAGGGCGGAAAAUUGAGCCGAUCGCCCUUGAUUUUUUUCCUCCCACAAAGAAUGAUGUUAUGUUACUUUUCGAGUUAUCUGAACAUUACAGGGAAAAAAAAAUGUUAGUCUACGAUGUUGUUUAUCAUACCCUGGCGUGAACA